AAGCCUUGCAUCAGAAAAUGGAGAUUGAUUUGUCAAGCUCGGGAGAGCUAGCCUUUGAUUAUGGCUUCUUGUUGCACACGAGCGAGGAGGCCGCCUUGACCGGGGCCCUGAAUGAAUACCUUAGCCUCCGCAGCUACCUGGCUGGGUUCAGCCCCUCUCGGGUGGACCGGGAGGCCUUUGGGCGCCUUCACGGGCCCCCGUCCCCAAAGUACGUGCACGCCCUGCGCUGGUACAGGCACAUAGCGGCACUCCAGUGGGAGACCCUCGGCCCUGAGAGCAGCACAAAGGGAAAAAGGGUUCAGCCCCCGUGGACUCCUCCCACUGGGUCCAACCCACCAAUGCUGCGGCUCUAUAACAGCCUCACACGGACAAAGGAGCUGUUUGUGCCUCAGAGUGGCAACAAGGUCCUUUGGUAUUGUUGUGGACCCACUGUCUAUGAUGCCUCCCACAUGGGGCACGCCAGAUCGUACAUAUCCUUCGAUAUCCUCCGUAGAGUACUGAAGAACUAUUUUAAGUAUGAUGUCUUCUACUGCAUGAACAUCACAGACAUCGAUGACAAAAUCAUCACACGGGCCAGACAGAACUACCUCCUGGAACAGUACAAGGAGAAGAAGCCAACGCCUGCCCAGAUCCUGCAGGAUGUCCUCAGUGCCAGAGUGCCUUUCCAGGUCAAGCUGGCAGAGACCACUGACCCGGACAAGAAACAGAUGCGGGAGAGGUUGGACUCAGCUGUCACCACGGCCCUUGGGCCCCUGCAGCAGGCACUGGAGAGCAAGGCUGGGGAGGCUGACAUACAACGCCUGGCUCAGGUGUUGCUGGAUGAGGCCACAGACCUGCUGUCUGGCUGGCUGGAUGCCCAGUUCGGCAGUCAAGUGACGGAUAAUUCCAUCUUCUCCAUCCUUCCAAAGUUCUGGGAAGGGGAAUACCAUAAGGACAUGGACGCCUUGAAUGUCCUCCCCCCGGACGUUCUCACCCGGGUCAGCGAGUAUUGCCCCGAGAUCGUGGAGUUUGUCCAGAAGAUCCUAGACAACGGCUACGGGUACGUUUCCAAUGGGUCUGUUUAUUUUGACACCGCCAAGUUUGACAACAGCCAGAACCACGCCUACGGCAAGCUGGUGCCCGAAGCGGUCGGCGAUAUGCAAGCCCUGCAGGAGGGGGAGGGCGACCUGAGUAUCUCUGCCGACCGGCUCAGCGAGAAGAAGUCCCAGAACGACUUUGCCCUGUGGAAGGCCUCCAAACCGGGGGAGCCAUCCUGGGACUCCCCCUGGGGAAAGGGGCGUCCGGGCUGGCAUAUCGAAUGUUCCGCCAUGGCCGGCUCCAUCCUGGGAGAGUCCAUGGACAUCCACGGGGGAGGGUUUGACCUCCGAUUCCCCCAUCACGAUAACGAGUUGGCCCAGUCCGAGGCUUACUUUGAGAACAAUCACUGGGUCCGCUACUUCCUGCAUACCGGUCACCUGACUAUCACAGGCUGCAAGAUGUCCAAGUCUCUGAAGAACUUCAUAACCAUCAAGGAUGCCCUGGCAAAGAACACAGCUCGUCAGCUCCGUCUAGCCUUCCUCAUGCAUUCCUGGAAGGACACCCUGGAUUACUCAUCCAACACCAUGGAGUCGGCCGUUCAGUACGAGAAGUUCAUGAAUGAGUUCUUCCUAAAUGUCAAAGACAUUCUCCGAGCUCCCUGUGACAUCACUGGGCAGUUUGAGAAGUGGGAGUCAUCUGAAAUGGAGCUCAACCAGAGUUUCUACGACCGGAAGGCUGCGGUGCACAAGGCCCUCUGUGACAACGUGGACACGCGCAGCGCCAUGGAGGAGAUGAGGGCGCUGGUCACCCAGAGCAACACCUACAUGGCCAGCAGGAAGAGCUCCCAGCUGCAGCCCAACCGCACCCUCAUGCAGAGCAUCGCCCUCUACGUCACGGACAUGCUCAAGACCUUUGGGGCCAUUGAAGGAUCCGAGCCGAUUGGAUUUCCAAUUGGAGGAAGUGCUCAGAAUGUGGAUCUGGAGAGCACAGUGAUGCCCUAUCUGAAGGUGCUGUCAGACUUCAGAGAAUCGGUUCGCAAAAUUGCCAGGGAGCAUAAAGUAACCGAGGUGCUGCAGCUUUGUGACGCGGUCCGGGACGAUACUCUGCCCGAGCUCGGUGUGCGACUAGAAGACCAUGAAGGCCUUCCCACUGUGGUGAAGCUUGUUGAUAAAGAAACCCUGCUGAGGGAGCGGAAUGAGAAAAAGAUGGCUGAGGAUGAGAAGAACAAGAAAAAAGAGGCGUCUGCUAAGAGGAAGCAGGAGCAGGAGUUGGCCAAACUGGAGAAGACAAAGGUCCCCCCAUGCGAAAUGUUCCGCUCUGAAACCGACAAGUAUUCCAGCUUUGAUGAAGCGGGUUUCCCCACGCUCGACGCCGAGGGGAAGGAGAUCAGCAAGGGCCAGGCCAAGAAGCUGCGCAAGCUGUACGAGGCCCAGGAGAAACUGUACAAGGAGUAUCUCCAGAACAAUCAAAAUGAGAGCUGAGAGUCCCGGGUCAAACGUUGCUGAUAAAAUGUCAAUCGGGGCCAACAUUAUUCCUUGUUGUUCUGCACAUAGCCUAUUUUUCUUUCUUUUUUUAACGGAUAGUUCCUAAAAUGUUGUCCUUCAGAACUUGCCCCACCCAGUCCCCGCCCAUCUCUCAACAAUUGCUACUUUGAAGCCGGGGGGGGGGGGGGG